AUGGCCAAAAAAAAGAAGGCUGCACCCAAGUGCAUUACCCAAGCCAUGAGCAGCACUGUCAAGGCCAAAAAGCAUGAGAGGGAGGAUGAUCAGGGUGAGCCUGGGCCGUCACAUAAGCAGUCCUGCCUUCCAGAGGCUGAGAUUGAGCUGCUGGUCAUGCCACUUUGUAUGGCAGAGCACAAGAUGCUGGAGCUCCAGACAAGCCUGCUAAUGGCACAGAAAGCCAUGGACACCAUAACGGGUUGGGCGGAGCAGGUCCAGACUCUCCUGGGGAGGGCACUGGCUGAGUAG